UCGUGGCGAGCAGACCUACGCUGCGCCAGUCGGGGAUUCUUUGCUGCCAAGCUAUUUUCUUAUAUCUAUAUUACAUUGCUACACACACACACACACAUAUACAAACACGAACAUAUACGCGCACAUACACACCUGUACACAAAUCGAGCGGGCAAAAAUGUUGGAGCACGCGCGCGCAAAACUCGAACUAAAGCAAAACGUAUCGAAAAGUGCUUCAAAAUCCACGUGAAACGGUGCAUAGGCAAUCGGGCGAAAAAUAAUACGAAUAUAGAAAUCAAAUCGAAUCGAAUCAAAUUGAGGCGAAAUUAAAGCGGAGUUUUCCUUGGAGGAAAAAUCAAUGCCGCUAAACGUAAACUGACGACGCACAGAUACACACGCACACCAAACGCACACGUGUGUCUCCAAUACAAACACUACGACACACACGCACACGCCACACGGCCAAACGUCGAAAGCCUAACAAAGUGAAAGUAACGGAAUUAGCUACCCAAAAACGAAGUGCAUAGGAAGCUUAGGAAGGGGUGUGGAGGAGCAACAGAAAUCCUCGUAAAUUUUGCAUUGCCUACUUUGCAGCUGAGAGAAACACAUUCCUUGACUGAAUUCCACUGCUGCUGCUGAUGGCCUGGUCACUCUGCCAGGUACACUGUGCUAGUGAGUGAGUGAGUGAGUGAGUGAGUGAGACUGUGUGUGCGUGCUUCUUUGGCUGUUUCCAAAAGUCGGUCAUACUAGAAACAAAAACAACAACAGCGAACGAGGAACUAAAGAGAAGCAGAGCAAAGAAAGGCAUGCAACAAAAACAGGCGGCAACAGCAGCCGCCGACGAUGCAGCACCAGCAGCAGCAGCAGGAGCAGUAGCGGCAACCUGAGCAAAGAUAAACACGCAAAACAAAGCAAAGUGGGUCAGUGUGCGAGGCAGCCCAUUCAAGGGGUAGCAGGUGGUGAAAGAGCAGGAGGAGGAGAAGGAGGAGGAGAAGGAGGAGGUGCAAACACCAGCAGCAUCUUGAGCAGGCAUCGACAUGUGCCGAUGGACAUGUGUGCAACAGCAGUACGCGGCAGCAUCAAAGGCAGAACAAAGGUUGCGGCGCCCAAGCGGAAAUUAACUUCUGGAUGGCUACCGAAAUCGGCGAUGCGUCCGGUGGGUCCUGACGCCUCGCACACGGACUGCAUCCUGGUGGUGGGCGUCUCCCGUCCAAAGCUGGCCGUCGUCUUCCUCACGGUCAUGCUGAUCUCACUGUUCCUCACCUUCCACGUGCUCUACGACAGUGCCGUGUACAACAUCCAAGCGGCCCAGGCUGUUCACGAAAGGCAUCGCCUCUCGCUGGCAGCCUCCGCCUCCGCAUCAGCCCUAUCCGGAUCUUCAGCUGCCAGUGGCUCCUCCUUCUCCUCCUCCACCUUCUCCGCGUCAUCCAACCAUUUGCCUGCGUUUGUGAAGCCAGUGCCCAACGCGAACCAGCUUAGCCAUCCCAUGGUCUUUCCCUCCAGUCGUGUGCACUUCCCCAAAACCAGUCGUCGUCUGCCGCAGGCCCUUAUAAUUGGUGUACGAAAGUGCGGAACGAGGGCCCUGCUGGAGAUGCUGUAUCUGCAUCCGCGCAUCCAGAAGGCCGGCGGCGAGGUGCACUUUUUCGAUCGGGACGAGAACUACCUGAAGGGCCUGGAAUGGUAUCGCAAGAAGAUGCCGCACUCCUUCCGCGGCCAGAUAACCAUCGAGAAGAGUCCCAGCUACUUUGUGUCGCCAGAGGUGCCGGAGCGUGUGCGGGCCAUGAACGCGAGCAUCAAGCUGCUGCUGAUUGUCCGCGAGCCAGUGACCAGGGCCAUCUCGGACUACACACAGCUGCGCAGCCAUGCGGCCACUGCCAUCCUGCCGCUGGCCGAGCGCGAGAGCUCCGGCAGUGGCGCCUUCGCGGCUGCCGCCCAGCCUCCUCCCAAGAUGCCAUCACAGUCGCUGCUGUAUGCCAAGCUGCAGGCGGCCCAUGGCUAUGACAAUGCCCUGGUCGGUGGCAGCGGGGCGGGCGCCAAAGAGACAAAGACAAAGUUAAGCGUCGCGGGCAGGCGGCAGGCAGCAGCAGGAGCUGGAGCGGGAACUGGCGGAACGAUGACCACGACAACACCAUCGCCGAUGGCAAGUGCCGCUCAAAUGGCAGCCAAGUCCUUUGAGGAGCUGGCCAUAUUUCCCAAUGGCACCGUUAACGAGGCUUAUCGACCGCUCAGCAUAUCCAUGUACCAUGUCCAUCUGCACCGCUGGCUGGAGGUCUUUCCGCGCGAACAGCUGCUGGUGGUGAACGGGGACCGGCUCAUCGAGGAUCCAGUCUCCCAGCUGAGGCGCAUCGAGGCGUUCUUAGGCAUCGAGCAUCGUGUGAAGAGCGAACACUUCUACUUUAACGAGACCAAGGGAUUCUACUGCCUGCGCUACGACAAUGGAGACCGCUGCCUGCGCGAGACCAAGGGCCGAAAGCAUCCGCAUGUGGAUCCCGUGGUCGUCUCCAGGCUGCGCAGAUUCUUUGCCGAAUACAACCAACGCUUCUACGAGCUGGUGGGCGAGGAUCUCGGCUGGCCCGAGGAGUAGGCGCUGAAGGCGCAUCACAGCUGAGAAACAUGGACUGUGGGGCACUCUACUCUACCUUUGUGUGCAGUGCGAAGUGCAUCGUCGCCAUGCCAUCCCAGCAGAUAAAUCUGCCAUCCAGUGGUCAAUCCUAUGUACACCUGGUGCAGCAAUUUUAAUUACAGGCAGCAGAAGCGGCAGCGGCAGCAUGAAAAAAGGAGGAAAUGCAUGGCACAGUUUACACGUUGUAUAUUUUCAUGGAGUUUCGCGAAAUAUUUCAGCUUGGCCGGGUACGAGUUCCCAGGUCUACCAUUGCCGGGCCUGGGCAUCCAGCCAGUCAGCCAGUCAGCCAGCCACCCAGCUCUGACAGUUCAAUUAUGCGCGCGUAUUGAAAAAUUGCAUUCCCAUUUCCCGCAACCCACCAGUUUCAAUUCCGCCCUGUCCCACACAUCGACCCCAACGCAUGCAAAUUCGCCUUCGCACUAGAGAAAGGAAAUGAGAAAAAGAACAAGAACGGGGGAAAAAAAAACAGGGAAAAUAUAGUGUACCGUACGCAUUUCGAUGUGCAGCAGGCCAUGAAAAUGUGAAUGGUACCAGUACCCCCGUUCUCGUAUAUGGUCUGGCCCACAGAGAAGCACAUACAUAUCUGAAGCCCAUAUACAUACAUAUGUACAUAUAUAGAUUAUAUAGCAUCUAUAUAUAGCGAAAUAAAAGCAAUAUCUACAUGAUGUUCGAAGGUUACCCGUUUUGUACGUCCGUUUAUGUGUGUACGUCUCUCCCUCUCCUCUCUCUCUCUCUUUCACAAUCAUAUGAGUGUGUGGCGAGUGUGUGUACAAGUGUCUGAGAGCAUAAAAAUUAAUUAAGCAACUAAAUGUGAUUUUAUAGCAUAUAAGCAUAGAGCAAAUUGAAAAUGAUUGCAACCGAAAGAGAUAGAAAGAAAGAGAGAGAGAGAGAGAGUGAGAUAAAGAGAGAUGGAAAUUAAGAUAUGAGGUGAGGUGGCAAGAGCCACUUUGAGGAAAUUAAAAAUGUAUUUAGACUAACAGUCGGCUGAAUUAAAUGUGUGCAUAUGGAAACAACCACAAAACUAAACAUAUCAUCUAUAUAUCUAUACAGAGUAAAACAUAUACAUUCAUACAGCAUACCAGCAUAUCAGCGGUGCUGCACAUAUGCAUAUAUACAUAAUUGAACUAUUGCCAUUUCUAUGCCAUGUUACAUAUCGGUAGCUAAACCAACCAUGAAAUCGAAACAUAUCAGCUGCAAUCAGUCAGCGCAAAUAUACACAAGAAAUAUUUAUACAUAUACAAUAUACAGAUAUAUUAUUAUUAUAUACAAACAUAUCGUAGCUUGUAAGUUGUAGGCAUUAAAUUGAUUGUAAAUGAUUUUGAUUUUGAUCUAGUUUUUAGCGCGCGAUGUGUCAUGGAAUCGUCUUAGACAAACUUUUAGCAAAAUACAUACAUACAUACAUACAUAUGUCCUUAACCUAGAUUAAAGAUGCACUGCCUAAAACCUAAACCAAAGAAGAUAAAAAAAAAAAAACAAGAAUAGAAAGAGAAAUCUUUAUAGAUGAGUAAACUGCACCCACAUAGUGCGUAAGUUUAUUACGGAUAGUUUUUUAAUGCAUUUUUAGCCAGAUCAGAUUAUUUUGUAUUCCUAAAGAGCGAACUCUACCUAUAGAUAACCCUAUACUAUACACAUACAUAUCAGCGGUUUAGCUAAUGUUUAAACAUUUCGUAUGCAUAUCAAACUCAAUGUGAACUAAUUAGGAUAACACUCUACAUGGUAAUCCAAUUUCCUUUUAUUACCCAGAUAUAUGACAUAUGAAUAGAGGUACCUUACCUCCCCCCUUUGGUUUGGUGUACCAGUGUUAAGGGAUCUUCAGCACAGAACUCGACUAGCGCUUAAUAGCAGUACUAAACAGGAAAUAGACUAUGAGAUGUAUAAGCCUUGUUUUUACAGACAUUUCCUUAAAUACGAUAUGUAAAUGUACCCCCUACUCCCUCCACCACAUGCUGAUCUCUCAAUGACAAAGGAACCACGAAGGGAAUGAAACUAACCAAGCAAUAUCAAUUCAAAGCAAGACUGAAGGUCCUCCGCAUAAUGUUUUACUCAUAUUUGUUUGUUACGAAUUAUUUACACUCGAUUCUGAAAAACCAAACCAAGCAAAACCAAAUAUUACAGCAAAGACAACGAACAUUUCUAAUUUGUUUAUAUUUUUAUACAGAGAAGAAACGCAUAUGAAGAAAACCUUAACCAGAAAACAGAAUGGAAAUCUCAACCAUUUCCAUUUUCAAAGUAUAUUAAUUAGAGUAAAAUUAUAUAUAUAUAUAUAUAUAUAUAUAUAUAUAUAUCGUAAAUACAAGUAUAACUAAAGAGCGAUUUGUAGUUGCAUUUUGUCCUCGAACUUAAACUUGAACUACGCCAAUUGCAUACCAAAUACAUAUCAAAAGUUUAACUCAACUCUAGAUCCUCCAUUGAUAUUGAUACAUAUCUUGAUAUUAUUGAUGUAUUGUCUACUUAAAUUGAACGUGCAAAACUCAAAAACUAUAAUGUACCUUAAAAAUCAACUAUAUUUCUUUAACUUUAACUCUAACUAUAACUCAACUCUUUGCAACUUAUUCAAAAUUUUCAAUGUACAUAAAUACAAAAAGUAUUAAAAAAAAAAAACAAAAAAAAAA